AUGCACUUAAUCCGGGAAAAUGUUGGUUGUUUAAUUCAACUUGAUAUGAGUGAAGCAAUGGUUAAAACUAGUAAAUCAGCAGAAGAAAAUGAGUUUCCAACUUUUCGUGCUAUUGCUGAUGAAGAAUUAGUUCCAUUUCGUCCAGAAUGUGCCGAUUUAGUUUUGAGUGGCCUUUCUGCCCAUUGGAUUAAUGAUUUGCCAAACUGGUUUCUUCGUUGUUUUCAAACACUUAAGGAAGAUGGUGUAAUGAUUGGUGGAUUGCUAGCUGGUGAAACGCUUCACGAAUUGAGAAUUUCUUUACAAUUAGCAGAAAUGGAAAGAUUGGGAGGUAUUGGGGCACAUGUUUCUCCUUUUGUUGAGGCACAGGAUAUUGCAUCAUUGAUGAAUAGAGCUGGCUUUCAAUUGGUAACUAUAGAUGUGGAUGAAAUUGUGAUAAAUUAUCCGGAUAUAUUUUCCUUAAUAUUUGAUCUACAAUUUAUGGGCGAAUCAAAUGCAACAUUCACCCGAUCAGCUAGCCUUAAAAGAGAUAUUCUUAUAGCAGCAGAUGGAAUAUAUAGACAGAUGUUUUGUACACAAGAAAAUAAUUACCCGGCGACAUUCCAAAUGAUUAAUUUUAUUGGUUGGAAGCCUGGGGCAAAUAUGCCAAAAGUAGCAAGGAGAGGCUCUCAAAGUGUAUCUUUUAAAGAUCUCUCGAAAUUUAUAGAAACUGAAAUGACAAGAAAAGAAAAUGAUGAAUUUAAUAAUAAAUGA